AUGGCCAUCUCUGACAGAAAGCUCUCGGCUCGCGCCUUGAGCUUCUCCGUUCUCUCCUUUGUUGCAAACCUGGCCUCGGCCAAACUCGCAUCCACCGGCCUCUCAGUCAACUUCAACGACGUCGACUACUACAUCUCCCCCUUCUCCUCGGGGAAGCUCGAUGUUUCGAAGAAGACUUUGUGCAACCUCAAGGCCCCAAGCGUGCUCGGGUUCAAGCCUGUAACCGUCGUGAACCAGGAAGGUGUCUCUGAGAAGGAUCUCACCGGCCUGCUGUCAACCUGGGCACAGACGGAUGAUGUCUAUCAAGACGCCUUUGCCGAUGCUGUCUUUGUGGCCGAGUCGAAGGGCAAAAAGCCUAGGAAUGUCGUCGCUGAGAGGGCCCCCAAGAAGGAUAGCAAGUCGAUCGUCUCGGUGAAGAGCACCAAGAUUCCCAGCGGCCCAUACUUCCUCGAGGUCAGCACCGGGUCUGUGUAUCCCGUCUACCGCCUGUACGAAGAUUUCGCUGGAGCCUUUGUCGAGUCUCUGAUCCCCACCCCCGAGGGCAAGUUCCAGCCCCUAUCUGCCCAGACGAGCGGCUCUGCAUCCCUCACCAUCGGUGUUCCAUCCAGGCUCUACUACACCAAGACAGCCGAGAAGCCUCUCGCCGGUGUCCGCAUCGGUAUCAAGGAUAUCUACCGCCUGGCGGGCGUGAAGGGUUCUAACGGAAACCGUGCCUGGUACAACCUUUACCCUGCCAGCAACUACACCGGCCCUGCCGUUCAGAAUCUCAUCGAUGCCGGUGCGGUGGUUGUUGGUCUUCAAAAGACCUCCCAGUUCGCCAACGGCGAGUCUGCUACUUCGGACUGGGUUGACUACCACGCUCCAUUCAACCCCAGGGGUGAUGGGUAUCAGGAUACUUCCUCAUCCUCGUCGGGUGCUGGUGCCUCGGUUGCGGCUUACGAGUGGCUCGACAUCGCCCUUGGCAGUGAUACUGGUGGGUCUGUUCGUGGCCCAGCUGGUGUUCAGGGUCUGUUUGGCAACCGUCCCUCUCAUAAUCUGGUCUCGCUGGACAAUGUCAUGCCUCUUUCUCCCACUCUUGACACCCCCGGCUUCCUUGUCCGUGACCCUCAGAUCUGGGAGGACGCCCAGGCAGCUAUGUAUGGCAAGAACUACAAGUCUCUCGCCAAGACCAAGCCCAGCUAUCCCACCAAGAUCUGGACUUACAACUUUCCUACUUCGGCGAGAACUGAUGCUCAAAAGAUUCUUCUCGACUUUGCCGACUCUCUUGCAAAGUUCGUCAGCGGCAGCCUGACGCCUUUGAACCUUGAGGGCGAGUGGGCUGCGUCCAAGCCUGCUGAAGCCGGUGCUCUUACCGUCUCUCAGCUGUUGAACACUACCUACGCCACCCUCAUCACCAAGGAGCAGAUUGAGCUUGUUCGUGAGCCCUUCUACCGUGACUAUGCUGGCAUGACUGCCAACGACGGCCGCCGCCCAUUCGUCAACCCUGUCCCUCUCAGCCGCUGGGGCUACGGCGACUCAAUUGGGGACGAUGUCCUCCAGGAGGCCUAUCGUGCAAAGUCGACCUUCAUGUCCUGGUUCAACGAGAAGAUUCUGCCCCCUGUCGAUGAUGAGAAGCAGUGCUCUUCCGGUCUGUUCCUCUACGUUUCUUCACAAGGUGGUCAGAAUCCCCGCAACCGCUAUCGCAGCCAGCCUGGAGUUCCCUUCGGCUUCAGUGCCGGCAGAAUCAGUGUUUACGCCGAGAUUCCCGACGUGGUCUUCCCUCUGGGUGAAGUUACAGGGUUCAGUGCCAUCUCCAACCAUGAUGAGUUCUUCCCUGUCGGCGUCUCUGUCAUGGCUGCCAAGGGCUGCGAUGGUUUGUUGACCAAGUUGGCGUUGGAUUUGGUUGAGGCUGGGAUUAUCAAGACCCCCAAGGCUGGGGGUACCCUGAAUGGUGACAAGAUUUUGAUGAGAAGGGAGGCGGAGGAUCUCCACCAGUAA